AUGGAAAGUGGGAGAAAGGCUGGAAUUGGUCGCUUGGUGGGUUGUGCCCUAAAAAACCGGCGGCCCGUGUUCCUGGUCUCGCUGGUGUGCAGCCUGGUCGGCAACGUCGGCUGCGCCGUGAGCCCGUCGUACGGCACCAUGGGCCUGUGCCGCGCCAUCACGGCCUUCUUCAUCUCGCCCGCGUCGGCCAUCGGCAGCGCCGUCGUGGCCGAGACCUUCUUCAAGAAAGAGCGUGCCCGCUACAUGGGCGUGUGGACCACCAUGGUCACGCUGGGCGUGCCUAUGGCGCCCUUCAUCUUCGGCUUCGUCGCCGUGCGCGUCGGCUACCGCUGGAUCUUCUCGCAGACCAACGGCGUGCAGCUCCUGCUCUACUUCCUGGUCGGCCGCGAGACGCUCUACCUCCGCCGCGCCGCCGCGGCCGCCUCCCUCCGGCCGCUAGCCUUCGUCGCGCGCCCCUGCGUCCUGCUCCCGGCGGUCGGCUACGCCAUGGUCUUCCUGUGGGCCAACAUCAUGAUGUCGGUCGAGACGGGCCAGCUGUUCCCCGAGAACUUCGGCCUCAACCCGCAGCAGGUCGGCCUGCAGAACAUCAGCAUCAUCGUCGGCUCGCUGCUCGGCGAGCAGAUCGGCGGCUUCCUGAGCGACUGGUGGAUGUGGCGCCGCCACGCAAAGGUCGGCAGCAGCAGCGACGGCCAGGGUGCGGACAAGGCCGCCCGCUCGCCGCAGCCCGAGUUCCGGCUGUGGCUGGGCUACCCGGGCCACCUGCUGACCAUCUGCGGCGUCGUCGUCUACUUCGUGCAGAUCGAGCGCGCGGGCACCUUCUGGAACAUCACGCCCGACGUGGGCAUGGCGAUCGCGGCGGGCGGCAACCAGAUCGUCACGACCGUCAUGACGACGUACGCGGUCGACUGCUACCGCGAGGACGCCGCCGGCGUAGGCGUCUUCUUCAACUUUGUGCGCCAGACCUGGGGCUUCAUCGGGCCGUUCUGGUUCCCCGACCCGAUCCAGCGGACAGGCUUCCGCGCGUCGGCGGGCAUUGCCGCAGCCAUGAUCGUCGCCGUGUCCAUGGUGCCAACGGCCGUGGUUCAGUGGCGCCGGAGCCGGUGGCGGCAGGACUGA